GUUUGGAGGUUCUGUUCUGAUUUUGUGGUUAUUGCAGACAUGGAAGCGCUGUGUGGUACUUGGGUGCUGGUAGAACCGGAUAGUGCCAACUUUGAGAAGUACAUGGCGGCAGCCGAUGUUGGUUUAUUAAUAAGAAAAACAGCAUGUACCUUGAAACCUGAUGUUAUCAUCUCCGUGGACGGCGAUAUUAUAAAGAUAAGAUCUGAAAGUACUUUCAAAAACCAUGAUACCAUUUUUAAGCUUAAUGAGGAGUUUGACGAGGUGACUGCUGAUGGUAGAAAGACAAAGACUACUGUUACUCUUGAUGAUGGUGUGUUGGUCCAGCACCAAAAAUGGAAUGGCAAGGAGUCUAAAAUAAACAGAGAGGCAAAAGAUGACCAGAUGGUGACGACCUGCAUAAUCGAAGGCAUAAAGGCUAUAAGGAUCUACAAGAAGAAAAACUGACUUCCAGACCUUGGAAAGGAGCUAUGCUUUAAAAGCUCAGUUUAAUGAGCUGUGGUCCAAUUGCCUGUACUGCUUGCUUCAUAUUGUAGGCUUGGCUAUGAGUGCAUAUGUGACCUGUCUGAGUAACAUUAAAGCUCUUGGCUACCAA